CGUUGAUCUGACUCUUCCGUUCUCGCCGCGGUUUGGCAUUUAGGUGGAUGGGCAUUUAUUUACUGAUCAAUAGAUAUAUGUGAUUCGAGGUUCAUUUGCCAUGAAGCGAUUUGCAUGGUCUUCAGAUGAUUCAAUCAUCUGUAAACCCGAGCCAUUGCAAACAUGCUCAAGGAUGAAAAUCUCGAAGCGCGCUGUUAUCAAUGACUGCAACAACCAGCAUCCGCUAGAAAAUGUGCAAGACAAACGAAAAAUGAUUGAUUUGCUCUACGUGAAUAAUAUAUACAUGUUGGAGAAAAUUAUCAUACAUGCAAAACGCAGAUUGAAGUUGUUUGACAUACAUCUAGAAACACGGAGAGAAUACUAUAAUGAUUUUGAUAAAUGUUCCAAGGAUUUUGGAAAAUUAGCGCAAAUGAGUAAAGAAAACAGCGAUAAUGAGGAAAAUCAUACUGUGUUGCAAAGCAAUCAAGACCACAGUGCUAUUACGUCAAAUACUACGAAAUUAGACGAUGGCAGUUCUAAUGAAUCUCUAAAUUUUUUAGAUGCAGACGAUUUAGCUGAAUCCGAUAUGAAAUGGAGUGGAUUUGUAACCAAAUCCAUCAUCAAUACUAAUACUGCUAAAUCAUCGGAGGAAAGCACGCUGUUUCGAUUCGAUUCAUUAACAGCAGAUAUUAAUCACGAUUUGAAAUUUGAUGAUUCAAGGACCAACAUGACUGUGAUGACUAUUGUUAACAAGGAUAUUCCAUGUGAAGGAGAUUGGAAGAAGGAAAGGGAGGUUCUAUUGAUGAGAGAUGAGAACAGAUCGUUUGGCAUCAGUAUAGUUGGAGGAACGGUGAACGUGUCGGACGACAAUGUUGUUUCUGGUAUAUUCAUAAAAAAUAUUAUACCGAAAAGUCCUGCUGAUCGAUGCGGUUUAUUAAAGAUUGGAGACAGAAUUUUAGCUGUAGAUGGUUUGGAUAUUCGAUGUGCAUCACAUGAGCAUGCUAUGAAAACUAUAAAAGCGGCAGAUGAAAAAAUGGUAUUAUUGGUGCAAAGUUUAGUAAAAAAGCUCGAUGAUAAGGAGACUUCGACUCUAAUGAAAAAAAUACCCCCACCAAUUACUCCAUGCAAAACUCCAGAACUAGAACUAAUACAUGAAGGAACUAGCGAUUCAAAAAAUACUUUAGCAGCGGAUGGUAAUCAAGAAAAUAUGCAGAAGGAAAAUGGAGCAGCCAUGGUAGAAAGUGAGAUAAACAAUAGAGCAAAUACGCCGUUGAUCACGACAGAUUCCGAAAAUUCUUCAGAUGACGAAGACGUUCGAGAUUUGGAGGGAAGGACGUUUACGGCUGGUGGUAUGGAGAUUGAUCGUGCAUCUGCUGGUAACAUAAAGAGGACAAAAGAGGAAAUAGCGUUAGAUACUGAAGAAGAGGAUUGCUUUGGUUACACAACAAAAAAAAUCAAAAAAAGAUAUGGAACCCUUGGUCUUGUGUUUUGCCAUACUAUAGAAAAAACCAGCAAUGGAAGUUUAGGUCUGUCAUUGGCGGGCCAUCGUGAUAGAAACAAAAUGGCCUGCUUUAUCGUCGGAAUCAAUCCUAAAGGCAUUUCAUCAUCCUCGCCGUUCGAAGUUGGAGACGAAAUUCUGGAGGUUAACGGCCUUGUUCUCCAUAAACGGUCUCACCUAAAUGUACCAGUCAUUAUAAAAGGAAUUGCAGGGUCAUCUUUAAAAUUCGUUAUACUCAGGAAAAAAACGGCUUCAGAGGAUAUAGCUGUGAAGCCAAUCACCCAGUUCCCGACAAGUAUCGAGGAAGAUCUGUUUUCCAACUACAAGAAUGUGAGGAUAAUUUCCAUUAAAAAAGGACCCGCCGGAUUAGGGAUAAUGAUUAUUGAAGGAAAACAUGCAGAAGUAGGACAAGGAAUUUUCGUUUCUGACAUCCAGGAGGGUUCUUCAGCAGAUAAGGCUGGAUUAAAUAUAGGAGAAUUGAUUUUAUCUGUCAAUAAAGAUUCAUUGAUAGGCUGCAGUUACGAAGCCGCAGCUUCGUUAUUAAAAAAAGCAGAAGGGGUUGUUACUUUGAAAAUAUGUAAUCCUAACAAAGCAAAAGAAUCUCAAGACACUAGUGAAAAAAUUGAUGCAUCGAAUGAAAACUCGUCUGCUGCUACAUCGGGAGCAAAUACGGCCAAAGAAUCGAGCAAACCAGCAAACCAGAAACCUCAACCAUCACCAGCGAAAGAAGUUGUUGAUCCAUCAAAAACUGAAGUUAUCGAAAAUGAGAACACACUAAUCGAAUUAAGUACUGAAAAGAACCCUUUGGGAAUCAUGGUAACUGGAGGCUGCGAUUCACGAAUCAAUACGGGAGCAGUUAUUGUUGAUAUCUUACCAAACAGUAUUGCGUGCAAAGAUAAACGUCUCCAAGUUUUCGAUCAAAUAUUAGAAAUUAAUGGUACAAAAAUAACUGCGGAACUAACUGAAAAUCAAAUACAGAAGGCCGUGAAGCAGUUACAACCGAAGGUUCGUAUGGUUGUAUACCGGGCAAAUCCUGCUCAAACGGAAAAUACAGAAAUUGAAUUGACGAAAAAAUCUGGGAAACAGUUUGGCAUAGCCUUUCGUACUAACCAUCGACAAGGAAUUACUGUUACAGAGUUGAUACCUGGAGGAAUAGCGGAAUCCGAUGGAAAAAUACAGAAGGGUGAUAUUGUAACUCAUUUAAAUUCCGAGCUAUUGAAUAAUGCAUCGAUGGAAGAUUGUUCAGCGUUAGUUAAAACGGUACAGGGGAAAGUGACCUUUACGAUUUUAAGGCCAAAACCAAAGCUGCGUGUUCUCUAAGGAAAUUUUUUCAUAAGUAAUAAGCUUCGGACGUGCUGUAGAAUAACAUUUUGUAUUUGCCAAAAACAAUAUGUAUCGUACUUGAAUUCUAAAGAUUUAAUAGGUUUUAAUAAUGUUGAAGCAUUUUCUAUUACUAAUUUAUAUCGUUAUAUUAUUGGUUUAUUUAGUCUACAUCCAUAAUCCACACGCAUCGAAUAAAAUGUUUAUUCUCAA